AGAGAUCAUCAUCAUCGUCUUCAAAACAAAACCCUAAAACCUCCCCAUCAACGCCGGCGGAAGAAACAAUUUGUGUCAUUCACAGUCCCGCGAUGAAGGAGGAAGAAGUAAAUCGAUGCCAGAUUCAGAACUGGUAUCCAAAAUUCAGAUCCAUAACCAUUAGAACCAAAUUUCACCAGCUUCCAGAGUCGUUCAUCAGCUACCUCACCGAUGAUUCUGGUCCGUUUCUUCUCCCUGAAUCCGUAACAAACGAAGACGCGAUGCCCAAUAGAGUCCACAAUUUCGAAGAAGAAGAUGAUUUCCAAGUCUCCGAAGGUUCAGAUAACGAAGCAGAGACGCCAUUGAAUCCCCCAUCGUUUCCACAACUCGAAAUCGAGAUCAUGGAAUCAAUCGAAACCCUAGGCGGUACAGUUUUACCGAAGCUGAAUUGGAGUGCACCAAAGGAUGCAGCUUGGAUUAGCCCAUCACAGAAUCUUAGCUGUACUUGUUUCAAUGAGAUUGCUCUCUUGUUUCGUUCUUCGGAUUCGUUGGUUCAUGAUCUCUUCAAUGCUUAUGAUUCGUGUAGUGACAAAGUCUCUUCGAGACCAGAAAGUUUCUACCUUGCGUUGAGAAAAUGGUACCCUUCUUUGAAGCNGUUUGUGAACAGAUUCCGCCAUGGAUCUCUAGUAAUGAGGCUACCUGAUUCAGAGAUUGGUCAGAUCCCAACUGUCAUCUUUGGUACGGUCAAUGGAGUGAUUGGAGUAAUAGCUUCACUUCCUCAAGAACAGUAUACUUUCUUGGAGAAGUUACAGUCAAGUUUGAGGAAAGUGAUUAAAGGAGUUGGCGGCUUAAGCCACGAGCAAUGGAGGUCGUUUAAUAACGAGAAAAGAACCGCAGAAGCGAGGAAUUUCUUGGAUGGUGACUUAAUCGAGUCGUUUCUGGAUCUGAGUAGGAACAAGAUGGAGGACAUAUCUAAAUCCAUGAAUGUUCAAGUGGAAGAGUUGUGUAAGAGAGUUGAGGAACUCACUAGGCUUCACUGA